GUGUGAAUGCUGAAUGUUGACAUUCAACAUGGCGGCAUGUCGUCAGUGCUGUGCUGUGUCGUGCUUGUGUAAUUGUUAGUUUAGGACAUUUUUGAAACCAAGGCUCACUGUAAAUUUCACAUUUAAAAGUUGAAGAAAAAAAACGUUAAUAUAGAAAUAUUGGAAAACACAAUCACACUCAGCACGCAUUGAAGACAUCUGAGGAUUUUCAAAUCAACAAUUAUUGUUUAAAUUUCCUAUGUUUUUGAUUUACUCCUUUUAUAAAGGAUGACUGAUGUUUAAAGAGAACACGGUUAUUCUAGUGCACGCUAAAUUGAGUAACUAUCGAAGAAUUGUUACUAUAUUAAAACAUACACACGUGGAAAGUAUCAGCAGUAUAUGAUGUGCUAAGAAUUUUGUACUUAUACUAAUUCGUAAUCUAUAUUUACUGCAUUAUUCAUUUGUAUAUUGUGUACACAAGAAAACUUGUGAGAAAGAGUUAGGUGAGCCAUAUAGUGACUGUAAUAGUGAUCGCGGCUGAGAUUGUGUUGCUCUGCUUGGUUAAUAGAAAAUUCAUAUCCACAUUUGAGGUGUCUCUAGAAUACGGAGCUACCUUGAAAUCGUUCAAAUAGCAAUACACGACAGGUGUAAAGUAAAAUAUUGUGGAACUAUCUCUCUUGUGUUUCUUGUCUAUCACGAAAGACAGGAGAUUACAGAGGAGUUUGCGAUUCUACAGCAUUAAACAGCCUCUCUUCCUCUUCAUUAAGUUCUUAUAACAUUAUAAUAGUGAACAAAGAUAUAAAGUACCAAGAACCGUUCUGUGAUAUCUAUAUUUUAUCUGAUAUCUGUUAACAUUUAAAUGAUUGAAAAGACUAAAAAUUUGUAAAUAUAAAACUGUGCAAAUUUAAAACAAUGUCCAACAAUCCUCAGUGGAAAACGUUCCAGCCGCCAAUCAUGAACUCUGACCCGGCAAUACUUGACUACAAGUCUAUGGCUCUACCGAGUCCCAAAGUUUUAUCAGGAUCUCAGCAACAAACAAGUAACAAUUAUAGAAAUGGUACUAACUAUAGCGGUGAUAAUUAUAUGGGUUCUCCUCCUGGAUGUGGUAAAAAUGCUACCACUACCGCUACUACUACUACCACUUACGGAGCCACAAGAUUUUCUUUUGGGUCAUUAACAAAUAUGGAAGGAAAUGCAGGUUAUGCUGGUGAAUCUGCUACCAAUAAUACCACAUACCAAGAUCAGUCUGCAAAUCAGGGAACCCGUGAAACUGGUAUAAUAGAAAAAUUAUUACACUCGUAUGGAUUUAUACAAUGUUGCGAAAGACAGGCAAGAUUAUUCUUUCAUUUUAGCCAGUUUAGCGGAAAUAUAGAACAUUUAAAAAUUGGGGAUCCAGUAGAAUUUGAGAUGACUUAUGAUCGAAGAACAGGCAAACCUAUUGCUAGUACUGUCAGUAAAAUUGCUCCCGAAGUGGUGUUAAGCGAAGAACGAGUUACUGGUAACGUGACGACAGAGUUACAAGCCAGUGGUGAUUCACAAGGUCGAAUUAGUUAUGAAAAUCGAGGGGAGUGUUUCUUUUUGCCGUAUACCAAAGAUGAUGUAGAAGGGAACGUCACUUUGCGUGCUGGUGAUAAAGUGUCAUUUCAAAUGGCUACUAAUCAACGAGGAAAUUUGGGUGCGUGUCAUAUACGAUUGGAAAAUCCAGCACAUCCAGUACGUUAUCGUGGUGUAGUUUGUACAAUGAAAGAAAACUUUGGCUUUAUUGAACGUGCUGAUGUAGUUAAGGAGAUAUUCUUUCACUUCAGUGAAGCAAAAUCCAUGAAAGAAGAACUUAAAUUAGGAGACGAUGUUGAAUUUAUAAUACAAACGCGAAAUGGCAAGGAAGUGGCAUGUAAUAUUACUAAAUUACCACCAGGUUCCAUUAUAUUUGAAGAAGUUAGUAACGAAGUAAUAAAAGGACAGGUUUUAAAACCAUUAGAAAGAGGUAAUGCAGCACGUCAUCACAAUGAUCCAUUACCUGGACGAAUUCGAUAUAGAGAUUCGGAUCAUUGUGAAGUGGAAGUUCCAUUUGGUGACAAAGAUCAAAAAGGAGAUUUCACGCUUAGGCACGGAGAUUGGGUCCAGUUUCGUAUUGCCACAGAUACUAGAGAUCAAUUGAAAAGAGCUACAGAAAUAUCGCUUUUACCAGAAUCAUUUACUGUAUCUGGUGAAAGACGAGAACAAGGUACUAUUUCAGCUCUUAAAGAUGGAUUCGGCUUUAUACGUUGCGUAGACAGAGACAAUAGACUCUUUUUUCAUUUCAAUGAAGUUCUUGAUGUUGAUAGAGAAAUUACUGUAGGCGAUGAAGUUGAAUUCACUAUUGUACAAGUUCCUACAUUUUGUUUCGAGGAUCCUUCAUCAUCGUUUUCAUACACUCGACCUAGUGCUAUCAGAUUGAAACAUUUACCAAUCGGUACUGUCCAAUUUGAAACGAUUAUAGAAAAGGACUUGAUGGGUAACGUGGUAGAAGAUACGAAUGGUGUUCAACGAGGUUUAAUCGGGUAUACGAAAGAUAAUCAACAAAACGUAAUCAUGUUUUUUUCUAAGGAUUGCGAUUCUAAAAAUAUUCCAAAAGUGGGUGAUAAGGUUCACUUUAGUAUUUGUCAAGUUAAACGGAACAAAGAAUUAGUUGCCGUUGAUAUAUCAAUGGUGAAUGCUGCUGGUGAAAAAAUACAAAAUGGAAAUAAAAAGGUGACUGGUCAAGCUUAUCAAGGUUUUAUAGCUGCUCUCAAAGAUGGAUUUGGAUUUAUUGAGACAGUCAAUCACGAUAAAGAAAUAUUUUUUCAUUUCAGUAACUUUGAAGGCGAUACUGGGAACUUAGAAUUAGGAGCCGACAUUGAAUGUAUAGUAAGUUCUAACAACAGUAGAGGUUCUGGUGGAUGUAUCGCUGCUGAUUAUGUCAAGCUUGUAACUCGUGGCAGUAUUCCCAGGCCUACAGCAGUCAGUGAACUACUCGACGGAGUUGUAACACGACCCCUGCGUAGCGCAAAUCCCGAACAGAGUGAAUAUGCUGGUUUAAUCAAGAUUAAUCCAACAAACGAGGAAGAAGAGACGCAAGAAUAUGAAUUCGGUAUAAUGGGACUUGUCAACAAGCGUGAAUUAUUGCAGAUAGGUGAUCCUGUCCAAUUGCAAGUUGAUUCUGCGGGCCAUGCUUGUAACAUAGUAGCUAUCAGGAAAAAGAGAAGGGCAACUGUUGAUGCAGUGAAAGGUCCAUUUGGUUUUCUCGCUUAUGAAGUCGACGAUGGUAAAAAGCUCUUUUUCCAUAUGAGCGAAGUACGAGAUCACGCUACUUUGCAGCCAGGAGAUCAAGUAGAAUUUGCUUUGGUUACGAAUCAGCGUACUGGUAAAUCAUCAGCCUGCAAUGUAACUCGUCUAAGUGACGCGGUUCAACAACGACCGGAGCGUUUAAUCAGCCGAUUACGUACCAUUUCAUUGGAAGAUACGGGUCCGAAAUUAACCGUAAUCCGACAACCUAGAGGCCCGGAUGGUACACGAGGGUUCAGCCAAGAAAGAUCACAACACAUCCCCGGUGCCAUCGAGGAAUAAUGUCAUAAACAGCGUAAUUAUUGCGCUCAUACAAAAUUGUAAUCUACCAUAACUUGUUUUUAAUUCACACAAACAAACAAACAAAAAAACACGUACACACACGUACACGCAUACUCCGAUACAGAGAUUAUUAUUAUAAGCAUGAUCUUACAAACAUUUGCCAAAUCGAGACUAAUGUGACAACAAUAAUUAUUAACAAUAAUAAUCAGUGAAAUGAGUGGUGAUGAUGAUCUUUUCGACAGAUGGAAAGCAUAUGAAAAAUAAUAAAACAACGAGCCAUAUUAACGUGUUAAAAAAGGAGUAAUUAUGAACGACGAUAUAAUUAUAUGCCCGAUCUUUAAUUAGUGUAAGAAUCCAUUUGAAAAAAAGAAAAAAAAAAUUAGUUUAUGUUUUUCAUUCAAUUCAUUUUCGACGCUUCUUAGCAUUUCCGUAAUACGCCCUUAUUACUCCCGUUAAGUUUGAACCGUAAACUUAUUUUAAUAAUGGCGCGCGCGUUUAUUGGUACAAACAAAUCUCACAAAGGAAAAGAAAAAAAAAAAAAGAACAAAAAAGUUAUUUGAUUACGAUAUUACUAGUAAUGAUUAAUCGAUCGAUUAUAAACAUGUUCUGUGAACUGUGUACAGCCCGUGCUUAGAUAUAUCGUAACGAAAAAGAAAAGACAAAACAAAACAAAAAUUCAAUACCGUGAUGAGAGAAAUGAUAAAUGCAUUGGAUUACAAAAAAAAAAAUUUGCUUGUUUCUGAUGUUCUUAGACAAUGUCCUGUCUGUCUUUAUAAAAAUAUACUUACAUGUUGAUACAA